AUGAGUGUAACCACACAUGGUGUGUGCGGCCGCACACGUCCUUGUGCGGCUAACCGUGUGCAGCCGCACUCAUUCAUGUUGAGAUCAUGUGCGGAUGGCUGUUUGCUGCCACAACGAAUUAAAAUGGGAGACAUGGAGUUUGCUAAAGCUCAUAAUUCUACAUUUUUUCUUGUAGAUCCUCAUGCUGCCCAUAAUGACUUGAAAUUCAUUGUGGAUGUAAAGAAGAAUGAUCAAGGCGAAAAAUUUCUGGAAACCACAAUUGAAGACGAAAAAGUUCUAGUGACAGAAAGUAUCAUCAGAGAAUCUCUUCAACUUGAGGACAGACCUGAGUACCCCAUGGAAAUUGAAGUCCAUCAAAUUGAGAAACUUUUGGAACGUAUGGGAUACGAAGGAACUUUUCCUCCUGCAAUCAAAAAUCUGCUUCCGCCAUACUGGAAGCUGUUAGCUCAUGUGUUCGUAAGUUGCGUUUCUGUACGGAGAUCAGGACCUAAUGAGAUUUCUCUAGCAAAUACUGGUGCUAUUGCUGCAUUGGCAGCAGGUUUUGAGUUUAAUUUCUCAAAAUUCAUUUUGAAUGAAAUGAUACUGAAUAUUGAAGGAAGCAGAAGAGACAAAUUUUGCAUGUAUCCAAGAUUCCUUCAAAUCAUCCUUAACGUAACUCACCCUGAGUUGCAGAGAGGAAAUGAUACUCUGGAUUUCAAAUCCAUUGGUCCAAGUGCCUUUGGAUUAAUGAAGCAAAAGAGAGGUGGAAAAUUUGUUUUUGAAGGAAAAUUUCCUUUAAUAAAAUUUGGAAUUUUUACAAAGGAUGAUAGAGAAGAAGCAGCAGAUAAAUCCAUGCCGACAAAAGAUGUAUACACUCAUAAUUCUCCCUCUGAGCCUGUAGUGGAGGAGAUUCAUCAAUCUCCCAUAACUUGUGUUGCUGAUGAGCAUGAUCACCAGAAAGCAAAUGAUUCAAUAUCUUCUCGAGGGGAUGACGAUGAUGAUCUUUAUGAAGAUGUAGAGUUUUUGAAUGAAAUCGACUUUACAGGAAUCAAUGAUGAUAUUCCAACAAACAUCGAGUUUGAUUUUGGUGAUGAAGAUUUUGAUCCCUUUCUGGAUACUCCCAGCAUCCAUGCAAAUAAAGUCAAUGAAGUUGCUUCUCUAGCAACCAAGACUAGAAGUGAAGGAAACUCUCUCAAAAUUCUGCUCACCUCCCAAGCCCUUGGAAAUCACUACAAGUCAAGGAGAUGUGACAUUAGAGAUUCCUCCCUCUGUGUCACCUGUCUCAACAUCAACUCCAGUCAUUUCUAUGAUAUCUGA